GGCAACUCUGGGCUCAAAGUUUCCAAGAUCAUUCUGGGAACAAUGCAGUAUGGUACCAGCGAGUGGCAAGAUUGGGUUCUUGGAGAGGAAGAAGCUCUUGUCCACAUCAAGGCUGCUUAUGACGCGGGCAUCAACACCUUUGACACGGCGGAUAUGUACUCCAAUGGACUUUCUGAGGUCGUACUUGGAAAUGUCAUCAAAAAGCUCGACUUACCGCGGGAUGAGAUUGUAGUCAUGACCAAGGUCUAUAAUGUUGUUGGCCACACUCCGGGUGAAAAGGUCUUCAGGUCGGCUGCACAUCCUGAUCAACUAGGCUAUGUUAAUCAAAGGGGUUUGAGUCGCAAGCACAUUUUCGCAUCCAUCAAGAAGAGUCUAGAGCGCUUGCAACUUGAUUAUGUUGAUGUUCUGCAGUGUCAUCGCUUUGACACAGAGACGCCGAUUGAAGAGACGAUGCAAGCCCUCCAUGACGUCGUGCAGGCUGGCUAUGUCCGGUACAUUGGCAUGUCUUCAUGUUGGGCUUACCAAUUCCAAGCAAUGCAAAAUUAUGCGAUCACAAACCACCUCACACCUUUCAUUUCUAUGCAGAAUCACCACAGUUUGAUCUAUCGCGAAGAGGAACGAGAAAUGUUCCCCACACUCAAGAUGUUUGGCGUUGGAUGCAUCCCUUGGUCACCACUUGCCCGAGGACUACUCACCCGCCCUCUUGGCCAGCAGACAAUUCGUGGAAAGACUGACUUGGCCAUCAACUCAUACGUCCAACAUGAGUCUGACAAAGACAUUAUGAACCGCCUCGAGGAAGUUGCGAAGAAGAAAGGUGCAAGCAUGGCGCAAAUAGCUCUUGCUUGGUCGAUGGCACAAGACGCUGUCACGGCGCCAAUCGUUGGGACAACGUCUCUUAAGAACCUGCAGGAUCUUCUCGGUAAGUGUUGCAAUCAAAGAGCAGACAUCUUGAUAUGAUUCUUCUUUAGGCGCCGUCAAUAUCACUCUUACCGCAGAAGAACUUAAGUACUUAGAGGAGCCUUAUCAACCAAAGUCUGUCGUUGGUCACAAAUAAUUUUCUUCCGACAACGAAGCCGUGACUGGUUCGAAAAGAACAUGUUGUGGUUAGUAGAUCACGUUUGUAACCAGAACUGUACGAGGCUAAUACUGUAUGUAUAUAUACAAUGUUACGUAGUGGCUUCUGCGUUGAUCAAAUG